ACUGUUAUUGAAUUUAUAUAGUCGAUUUUCUACUUGAUAACAAGUGUUUCCCUUAAAAAUUUUACUCACCACUCUAUGCUCACAUCAUAUAUGUAAACAAUAUAAUAUAUUGGUAAAUAGUCAAAUAAUAACUUUUCUUUGAUUAACUAAUCCACAAUGAGAAGAGCACGUCAUUUGAAGCUUAACGUGAUCAUAAUUUAUUGUCUCUUUGCUGUUACAUUCAGCUUGCCUUAUCCCCAGGAAGAUGAAGACAAUCCAGACGAUGCAGGCAAAUCUGAAGAUAAGGAAAAUACUGAUGACGCUGGCAAACCGGAAGAUAAGGAAAAUACAGAUGACGCUGGCAAACCGGAAGAUAAGGAAAAUACAGAUGACGCUGGCAAACCAGAAGAUAAGGAAAAUACAGAUGACGCGGGCAAACCGGAAGAUAAAGAAAAUACAGAUGACGCUGGCAAACCGGAAGAUAAGGAAAAUACAGAUGACGCUGGCAAACCGGAAGAUAAGGAAAAUACAGAUGACGCUGGAAAACCGGAAGAUAAGGAAAAUACAGAUGACACUGGCAAACCGGAAGAUAAGGAAAAUACAGAUGACGCUGGCAAAUCGGAAGAUAAGGAAAAUACUGCAGGGAAGCGGGAAACUGACAAACCAGUAGAUCAAGAGCAGACUUCUAAGUCAACGACGACGGCCAGUCAGAUAUAUAAUGUGACGCUUGUGCCUGAGGUAAGCAGACAAGAAUCAUUUUGCACCGUUUUAAAAAAAUAUUAA